UCACCUUCAGAAGAUCUUCAUGGAACUAAUACAUUGGAUGUUGAGGGAAAGAAGGAUGAAGAAGAUGAGGAGGCAGCAGUGGGCAAAUAUGACACAGUGUUUUCACCCUGAUGACAUGGAGGAUGGCAGCAGUAUUAAUAUCAGUGGCAGUUUAAUUGCCAGAGUUGGACUAACUGCAGGAACAGGCAACAACGUACCAUGCAUCUCCAACCGGGAAGCCUCCUGUGGUAAUAAAAGAGAUGACAUGCUGUAUUCUUGCAGUGUGUGCCACAAAAUAUUGUCAAGGGGUGACAGCUUGAAGAGGCAUUCCCAUCUGUGUGAGCACCCAUACAGCUGUGACAUUUGCAGAAAAACAUUCAAGAACAGAAACAACUUGAAGAUCCAUUCCUGUCUACACAGUGCAGAACUCCCUUACAGUUGUUAUGUUUGCAACGUGACAUCUCACAACAGCAGCAACCUGAGAAGGCAUGAGUUGCUGCACACAGGUGAACGUCCACAUAGUUGUAGUGUGUGUCAUAAGGGCUUCACAAACAGUAGUGACCUGAAGAAUCAUUCACGUCUGCACACGGGUGUGUGUCCAUAUAGUUGUGGUGUGUUUCAGAAGGUAUUCAUGAAUAGCAGAACCUAAAGAAUCAUUCUCGUCUGUACGCAGAUGAAC